ACUGCGCACGUUCUCAUGGGAGGAUCAGAACUUCUACAACGGGAUAUCCGUAGGGAUAUACCUCAUAGUGGUGAGGGUAAGACUUUAAAAGGACAACAACGACUCAACAGAUCAGCAGUCCGUCAUAAAAUUAUUAUCCCGAUGGAACGUUGGGCGGGAAAAGUUGCAUUAGUUACCGGAGCGAGUGUAGGAAUUGGCGCGGACGUGACUCGAGCUCUCGCUGAAAAUGGUAUGAAAGUGAUUGCCGUCGCGAGAAGAUUGGAAAAUUUACAACAAUUGGCAGAGUCUCUUAAACGCAAAUGUAAAGCGGAAGUGUAUCCAAUGCAAUGUGAUGUCCGACAGGAAAAAGAUAUUCUUAAAGUGUUCCAAUGGGCGGAGAAAGAAUUAGGCGGUGUUGAUGUGCUCAUUAAUAACGCCGGUGUGCUUUCGACUCAAUCGAUUAUAGAGGGAUCGACGGAUGAAUAUCAUAAAAUUCUGGAUGUGAAUGUAAUCGCAGCGGCAAUUUGUUCGCGACAGUUGGCGCAAUCCGUUAAAAAACGAAAAGCGUCAGGUCACAUCAUUAAUAUUAACAGUAUAGCAGGACAUUAUGCAAGCAACAUGGUUAUGCCAAUGAGUGUGUAUUGUGCCAGUAAAUAUGCAAUCACUGGCAUGACUGAAACUCUGCGCACCGAAUUAAGAGCCGCCCAAAUCGAUGUAAUAGUCACGAGCAUCAGCCCUGGCGCCGUAAAAACAGAUAUGAUAUUAGAAAUCUUCCCCGACGCUGAAAAACACUUACCUAUGCUACAUGAUAAGGAUAUUGCAGAUGCAGUGAUCUAUUGCCUACAGGUGCCGCCUCGCGUACAGAUAUGGGAAAUCACCCUGGCGCCAAAUAACUGGAACAUAAACGAUUUUGUCCUAGCUAGAUCUAAGCUAUCGCAAAAGCCCGACGAAGUAAAAAAGUAGAAUAACACAACAACAAAAUAUACUGAAACAUAUCAAAACAAAAAAUAAAUACAAUAAAAUAAAAAUUUUAAACUAAAAUUUUCAUAUUUAUAAUUUUUCCACAACAGCGAUCACAAUUUUUAAUAGAAAAAAUUAGAAAAUUUAUUAACUGUAUUUCCCAGCAGUCCUUACUUUCCUUUAAGCUGUAACGAUGCAAAUUUAUAUGUAAAUAACAUUAACUAUAAAAUCUGAAAACACAAUAAAAAAUAAUUACGAAUCA